AUGCAAAAGACUUUUCUCGCUUCUCUCGAUCCAUUUUUCGAUGGAAUUAAUGCGAAGAAUUAUAUGGAUUUGGUGAAAGUCGCAAAGUUUUUCGGUGUUCGAGCAAUGCAUUUCAAAAUUCAAGAAUUAUUGAUGGUUUCGACGAAAGUUGCUUUGAUUGAUAAGAUUGAGUAUGCGGAUGAGAAUGGUUAUGAGAAAUUGAUGGUGAUUUUUGAAAUUAUAUUCAUUUUUGAAGCCUAAAAUCAUAAUAUUUUUCCAGAAAUCCUCAAUCGAAAGAUUGAAAACCGGCGCGGACAUCAAAAAUCUUCAUGGGUGUUUGAAAUUCGCCACUUUGAAAGAAACCACAAAAUUGCGAAUUAUGCAGAGAUUUUUGGAUAUUUAUUGA